GGGAGACACGUGGUGAUCAGCAUCCCUUGCACUCCCCUGCAGGUGCGACACCGCCAGUCGGGGCAGAUCAUGGUGCUGAAGAUGAACACGCUGGUCAGCAACCAGAGCAACAUGCUGCGAGAGAUCCAGCUCAUGAACCGCCUCUCACACCCCAACAUCCUCAAGUAGGACCUGCUCCCCCGCUGCUGUCCCUUGAUGCAAUGGCACGGCUCUUCCCACCAGUACAUCAACGGUGGGAACCUGGAGCAGCUGCUGGGCAGCCCUGCGCCCCUCCCCUGGUCUAUACGUGUCAAGCUGGCCCUCAACAUUGCCAGUGGCCUGCGCUACCUACACUCCAAAGGCAUCUUCCACCGCGACCUCACUUCAAUGAACUGCCUGGUGCGCUGUGAGGCCAACAGCUACACUGCUGUGGUUUGUGACUUCGGCUUGGCGGAGAAGAUCCCUACCUACAGUGAGCACAGCGAGAAGGAGCCUCUGGCUGUGGUGGGCUCCCCGUAUUGGAUGGCACCCGAGGUGCUGCGAGGGGAGUUCUACAACGAGAAGGCCGAUGUGUUUUCAUACGGCAUCAUCCUCUGCGAAACCAUCGCUCGCAUCCCUGCUGACCCUGACUACAUGCCCCGCACCGAGGAUUUUGGUCUGGACACCGACACUUUCCACACCAUGGUGGACAUUGACUGCCCCGUGGCCUUCCUUCAGCUUGCUUUCGACUGCUGCAGUAUGGACCCCAGCUCCCGCUUUUCAUUCCUGGAAAUCACACAGUGCCUGGAGGGCAUCCUGCAGCACCAGCUGAAUGUGGAGGGAGCCGAGGCCACCCUCUGCAGCGGCGAGGAGAACCUGCCCGUGCCUGGGACAGAAGCCACACUCAGUGGGUUAGCCAGGACGUCUGAGCAGUCGCCCCUGCAAGAACUGGGGACGCAGCACCUGCAGCCAGACCGGCGCCUGUCCAACAGCCAGGCUGACACGUCCUUCCCAAAAUCACAUGCCCAACUGCAGACACCAGAGCCUUACAACAGGUUGAGGACCAGGGAGACAUCCCCUCGUGUCAACCCAUUCUCCCAUCGCAAAGACCUGAAGGGGGGGAAGAUCAAGCUCUUUGACACGCCGAGCAAGUCAGUCAUCUCACUCACCUUCGACUUGCCACCCCCAACUCUGCCCCAGGUCAGCCACCCCAUGACAGGCAAGUACCCCUUGGAGGCACAGCAUGAUUUCAUGUUCCUCGGUGCCCCCCCCCGCAAGUGGUGCUCACUGCCAACCUUCCCCAGUCUGUUCUGCCAGGAGAGCUUGGCACUGGGCAUGCAGUUCCCCCGUUCCACUGACGACUCUGAGCUCCCCAGCUUCACUCCUUCCUCCAUCUGGAAACGAGCUGGUUCUGUGGAGGAGCAGUUGGACUGUAGCUUUUACAACACCAAGCUGCUGCAGCCCGUUUCUCAUACCCCACCACCAAGCCCCAACGUCCCCUCCGGUGUCCUUUCGUGGCAGCCGGAGCAAGAAUCCCCCAGUGGGCUCCUCUGUGACAGCAGCCAUGAGGAGUGCAGCAAACUCAUGGCUUUGAGCAUGGGGGAGGAGCACGGCUUAUCCGAGCUCAGCAUCCCCUGCACGGCACCGCUGGAGCAGACGGAGCACACAACCUUGCUGCCCGGGCACAGCUCCGGUGCCACACUGGAGCAGGAAAAAGAGCUGUCCUGCCCCGAUUGCUGCCUCAGCCCCUUUGGGCUUACCUCUCUCUGCCACCAGCCAGCACCCAGCCCACCUCAGUAUCAGAACCUCCGCUGUGAGGCUGAGAGCCCCAUCUGUGACUACCAGGGCCAUUCUCAGCAUGCCCCACAGCCAGUGCUAGCAGAGCCCAGCCUGAAGCUGCCAGAGGAACAGUCCUAG